AUGAGUGUGGCUGACUCAAAGUCUGCACUCCCGCUCCCAAGCUCCGAGCACGAGUGCAAAUCCAUCGAGAAGGAGACCCCUAAAGCAGAGUGGACCCAGGAUGCCGCACCCGAUGGAGGUCUUACAGCCUGGUUAGUUGCUCUGGGUGCAUGGUGCUCCUUGUUCUGUACCUUUGGUUGGAUCAAUAGCGUUGGAGUAUUUCAAAGUUACUAUGAAACUGAACUAUUGAGCCAGUACUCUUCAAGUACUAUUGCCUGGAUUCCUUCUCUUCAGAUCUUCUUCAUGUUUGCCAUGGGACCAAUUGUUGGUCAGCUCUAUGACAAAUUUGGUCCUCGCUACCUUAUUCUCGGUGGUUCAUUCUUGCACGUCUUUGGACUCAUGAUGGCAUCCAUCUCCAAGGAAUAUUACCAGGUUCUUCUCUCCCAAGGUGUCUGCAGCGCCAUGGGUACAUGUGCGAUCUUCCAGCCAUCGAUGACUUCAAUUCCUAGCUGGUUCAACAAGAAGCGUGGUGCUGCGUAUGGUAUCGUUGCUACAGGUUCCAGUCUCGGCGGUGUGAUCUUUCCUAUCAUGGUGAGCAAGUUAAUGGACAAGGUUGGGUAUGGCUGGACGAUGCGAACUGCCGCCUUUAUGAUUCUCGCUCUCUUGGUAGUUGCUAAUCUCACUGUUCGAUCUCGGGUACCUCCAAAGCCACGCACUAUGUCCAAGGAAACCCUGCUGAAACCCUUCCGUGAGAUAAAGAUGCUCCUCGUGAUCGGUGGAUUCUUGUGCUUAACAUUCGGCAUCUUUGUCCCGAUCAAUUAUCUGGUUGUUGAGGCAAUGGAGGCUGGUAUGAGUACCUACUUGGCAAACUACCUCGUUGCCAUGCUCAAUGCAGCAAGUUUAUUUGGCCGUAUUUUGGCUGGCAUCUCCUCCGACAAGCUCGGUCACUACAAUAUUCUCGUUGUUGCCUGCUUGCUUGCCGGCAUCCUCGUUCUUGCUCUAUGGGUUCCAGCUACGAGUAACGCCGCGAUCAUUGUUUUUGCUUGCACCUUUGGAUUUGCCUCGGGGGCUUACGUCUCUCUGGCUAAUGCACUGGUGGUCAAGAUCUCGCCUUUCCCGGAGAUCGGUUAUCGAACUGGAUUACUCUUCCUCUUUUCGUCUAUUGGUGGUCUGACUGCGAAUCCCAUCGCAGGUGCCAUCUUGCAGCAUGAGAACGGAUCAUAUACAGGCAUGAAGAUUUUUGCUGGCAUAUUCUUGCUGGCUGGAAGUCUGUGGGUGAUGGCCGCUCGCUUCGUUCACACUGGAUUUGACUUGAAGGCCAAGUUUUAG